CAUGAGAAUUACUCUCGCCUGUCUCAUUGCGAGCAUCUUGCUCAUCAGUGUCGUCGACUUCACCCAGGGAACGAGCAGCUGUGGUUGCCCAGAUCCAACCACAACUAAAUGUCCGACAACCACUAAGUGCACAACAACCAAAUGUCCCACAACAACCCCAUGCAAAACAACAACCACUUGCAGGACAACUAAAUGUCCCACAACCACUCGCAGGACAACGACAACUACUCGCAAGGUAAAGACAACCACUCGCAGGACAACCAAGGCCCCAGCAACAACCACUCGCAGGACAACUCAGAGAACUACGUCUAAGAGACCGAGCAAGACAACAUGUAGACCAUCACGCAGGCCGACUCGUAAGCCUUCACGUAAACCUUCACGUAAGCCAUCCCGUAAGCCAUCCCGUAAGCCAUCCCGUAAGCCAUCACGUAAGCCAUCACGCAAGCCAUCCCGCAAGCCAUCACGUAAGCCAUCACGCAAGCCAUCCCGCAAGCCUGGAAAGCCAUCUCGCAGACCUGGAAAGCCUGGCAAGCCAUGCCGUCAAUGCGGUCCCGGUGGUAAGGCCUGCCCCGGUUGCCCAGAGCAAGGACCACUGUGCAAGGAUCUAUUGGCUAAAAUAUCAGCCCUUGAGAAGCUGAUCAGAGCCUGCGUCUGCGGUCAGAACCGAAACCUCUUGUAA